ACAAAUGACGGAAUGAGCCUCUGAUGCACCAGUUUUGUCUUGAAGAAGACGCAGUCAGCUUCAAACGGGGACCAGUGAGAUACACAGACACACUGAAUCAGGAGCCAUGAUGAUGGAGGUUGUUUAUGUUGCCGUGGCUGCGCUCAGUCUUCUGUCUGUCGGACAGUCAGCUCCUGUGACGAGCUGUGGGACUCUAAUCCAACCUGUUGUAAUCCAGGGAAGAGACCAGCUGCUGGGGAAAUGGAUAUACAUAGCAGAAAGCACAACCGUUCCAGGGUCCAGGUUGCUGACCAAUCUGUUUGGGGAAAGCGCCUGGGCCAAAAACAAGGCUGCCAACGAGAGUGAUGCCAUCGAUCAUUAUCAUGUUCAAAAAAGCUUUGGCCGAUGCUACUCUGUCAGAUCUAACCUGACCUUGCAAAACAGCACUCUGUAUAUGGAGCAUCCUUACUCUGCUGCUGGCACCCUGCUGAACACUGGCUGCGACGACUGCCUUGUUUUAUACUCAAGAAUGACCCUUGGAAAAACCGUAUUCAGCGGCCUGCAGCUCCUGAGCAAGAGACGUGGAGUGUCUGUUGCUGAGAAGCAGGAGUUUCUCAAGCAGGUAGAGUGUCUGAAUUUACCACAACCUGCUUUCCUGGACCCAGAGAAAGGUUUGUGUCCGGAUGAUUCUCUCUCCCCAGAAAGCGAGACCACUGAUCUGACCAGUGACAUGAAUGACAUGAUGUCUACAUUUUCAAGCAGGUUGGGCGACCUUACAAGCGGAUUGGACACCCUGAUCAAACUGAUCUCCAAGUGAAGAGCAUGAUUCAAAUAAAAUCAACUAAUCACAACAUAAUGAAAACACCAAGUCUGUGUGAAGACAAGUCUUCUAAUAAAAACUAAGAUGAAUAUGA